UACACGUCCCGCCAUAGAAAGCGACCUCGCCUUGCAGAUUCCCCUCAGUAGCUUUAUACCCCCGUGGUGCCCGCGUCACCGCUUAAUGUCUUGUUCCUCUGCUGUUCCUUACUAGACACCCUCACUCCCCCUCGACCACCACGCGUAUACUAUGCAUGUGUGCUUGAGCUGUUGAUCCUCGAUCCCACUUCGCCAUGGACGGACACGCCUCCUCUUCCCCCUCGCCAUCCUCUCCCGACCCUCACAACAACGCGGUUCCUGAACGGCAGAGCCCGACGACCGGUACGGACGACUCUCACGAGUCUUUGCUGCAGUCUUCCCAGCCUUCAUUGCCAGAGUCGGGAAGCCAGGGUCUGGCGUCCGAACGACAUCCGAAAGGAAAGAGGAAAAGAACCGCUGCAAAGGACAAGGCAGUACUCGAGGCAGCUUACAAUGCUAACCCCAAGCCCGACAAGACGGCGCGUCUUGAGCUCGUGACACGCGUUUCGUUGAAUGAGAAGGAGGUCCAGAUAUGGUUCCAAAACCGCCGACAGAACGAUCGUAGGAAGUCACGCCCGCUGUCGCCACAAGAAAUCGCGGCCCUCAGAUAUGGGGGCAUGCAGAUCCUGUCCUCCGACCCCAUGCCAUACAAUUCGUCUGAAGCUCUCGAUGCUUCGAACUCGUCUCCGGGCCAUAGACUCUCGUUGACAGGUCGCGAAUCAACAUCGCCAGCAGCGUCCGAUGCUGGUCAUGCAAGCUCCUCCGACGAAGCAGAAAAGAAUGCUGGCGAGACGGGGCAGACUAUGCCAGAGAAUAGUCAGCCAAACGAACCAUCGCCCCUAGGAGUGGAAUCAAGCGACGACUCCUUGCACCUAUCUCGAUCCUUUGCGAGCUCGGUGGGGUACUUGUCCAAUCGCUGGAAUCCCGGCAGCUCAUUUUCAACCCCAUCGACACUGGGGCAUCGCGCAGGUGAUGAUUCCGUCAGACUUGAGCCUUUCCGUCCUUCGACAUGUUCAUCUGCCCGGUCAUCUUGCUCCCUCCCUCCCCUGCCCAACUCUCAGUCAUCCAACGCCCGUAUUUCUCUGUCCUUAGAGGGCAAGGCCGAGGUUAUUUCAACAGUCCCGUCCCCACCACAUCUGCCACUGCCUCGGCCAACGGGAGAGAGUAUGUCGUCAAUCGCCCCAAUUCGUCGACCUAGUCUUCAGCGGAGUCAUAGCGUUCAGCCUGUAGUCACUCUACCACCUAUAUCUACCCUCACCGGCUCGCUUCCAACCUCUGGGCCGCGUGCUCUGCCUCCACGACUGACGAGGGGACGAUCUCGCGACGUCCACGCGUGGGAGUUCUGCUGUGACGCCGACAACCAGGAGGACCUGCUGACGGCGCAGGCAAAGCACGAGAGUAGCGGGUCCGCGAUCGCGGUAAUAAGCUUGCUGAGAUCAACGAGCUCUACCGGUAGCACCGGGGGUCCAUUGCAGCCUAGUAGCAGCUCGAAGCGGAAUGCGCCGUUGGGCAAAGCAUUGGCAAGACCGGGGAUGGCCAAGAAGCGGAGACUCAGCCGAGCGUCGAGCAGCGUCGCAAAAUUGCAAACGAGCUUUGCCGGGGAGAAGAACAUCCCCGCACCUCGAAUUAAGGAGGAGUCUGGCGGCGUAGGUGGCAAGGACAACGUUGUCGUGCUUAGAUCUCCAGCUGGCAGCGACUCCGACAAGGAGAAUUGGAGUCCUGAUGAGGAGGGUAACCCGCAACACCGUUUGCAGCGUCGGUCUCAGCCCCAAGUACCAGGAGGCGGCAGGCAACCUCUACCGUCCGGCACGACCGCCACUCAGCAGGCGAAUUCCCGCCGGGCCUUGGGCCGUCCACUGCAGGAGCACCGCGGCCCGCCCCUCCUUUCCGCGAACCGAGCAAACACGGCCCCCACCCCGAGCCUGCGGGCCGGGAAGGGGCGGCACUCCCCGCUCGAGAUCUUCGAGGACUCCGGGGGCAGGAGCAGCCCGACCCCCGGAGUGCCCGACGACGAGGUCGAGCGCUUCAUGCGCGGCGAGGUCAGCCCCAGCAAGAAGGGCGACGUGGACGCCGUUGCGGGCCUGCUGUCCCUUAGUCAGGGGAACUGGCGGUGAUAUUGAUCCUUUUUGUCUUUCCAUCCCCCGGAACCCCCUAACUGUCCGACUCGUUCAGACGAUGGCAACACCCAUGAGAACGGGGGGGCGGCGGCUCUGCGGCUGUUUCCCCUCCGCGUGUUAGACCGCAUGAUGUUGUCCAUGAUCUCGGGGGGAAGGGGGGGCCACGGCAAAUUGUCCAUGCAAGCCCAAAACCAUCUGUUACUCCCUAUGAUCUACCAUCGUAUGUAACAGCGCCGGCAAAUAUGUAUGUUGGUUGGUCAGGAAAACGGCAGGCUGCCCAAGACAGAUGGCGUAUGACUUUGACGAGACCCUCACACGAACCCCCGACAACGUCGCGGAGUCUCGACGGUUCUUCUUUUUUUCUUUGUCUUUUUUUUCUUCGUUUUCUUGCUCUAAGCUAUACUCCCUUUUUGUUAUUCCCUGUCCGACGUCCGAAGCUUAUAUACCUAACCGUGUUUUGG